AUGGCCCAGUCAAUAUCACAGACAAUCCCGUCGCGGUUCCAGAUCCGACCAGCAUCAACGGCCGACGUGCCAGCCAUGACAGAUGUCUUCUUCAGCGCCUUCAACGCCCCCUUCUGGCAGUACUUCAUGCCCGAUACGCCGUACAUGCGAGGCUGGAUGGACCGGACCUGGGCAAAGGGGCUGAACUAUCCGACGGACAGGACCUUUGUUGUUGUCGACGCCGAGGCAGGGGACAGGAUCGUGGCAUUCAGCAGGUGGCAGGUCCCUCAGGAGGACGGAAACCAGACGCACGACGCCUAUGAGGAUGUCAAGUAUGAUGAUGGAGUCUGGGACAAGGAGGUCGCGGAUCCAUUCUUUGGGGGCAUGGAUGAAAACAGAGAGAAAUUAAUGGAGAAGCGGCCACAUUGGUUUCUUGACCUGCUUGGUGUCCACGGAGACUAUCAACGCAAGGGGAUUGCUGGCAUGCUGAUUAGCUGGGGCACCGAGCAGGCAGAUCGUGAUGGUCUGCCAACGCUGCUCCAUGGCAGUGAGAACGGACAGCCUUACUACAUCAAGAGUCAUCGUUUCGAGGACCAGGCAGACAUUCCUAUCCCAGACCGCCCUGCCUAUGGCAGCUAUAGUUACAGAACACUGGUGAGAAAACCGCAGCCAUCGGCGGCAUAG